AAUAUAAUGAACGAUAUUAAUCAAGCAAACGACUUCUUGGCAGUUGAUGAAGAAAUGCAAGACUUUGCCAAUGAUCUAGCUGAAGAUAUUAAGCUGUUCAAGGUAGAAUCUACUAAGACUACUCAAUCCAUACUUUCACCUAAGAAAGGAAGAAAUAAGCUAUCAUCCCUCCCAAAAACUAGGAUUACUAGGCGAACUAUCAGAGUUAAGAGACCAAAGUUUUGCUCUAAGAAGAAGAUCAGAAAAAUUACUAUUACGGUUGAUAACGUCAGGCAUCGCUCCAAAGAAGACUUAAAGAGCCUUAGUAAAACUUCUCAAACCCCAUUCUACCUAGAUUUUAUGAACUUGUCUCCUGAUUACAAUAAAGAGAUGCUUGAUUUUUCACCUGGCAAAGAGAGAAAUAACUGGAGAAUGAUCUACAAUUCUCUAUUCAACAAACAAAAUUGAAAAGGAUCACUGAUGAAGAAAUUCCUAGAAUCUCAGAAAAAGCCAAAGAGUCCUAAAAAGGGAGGCCUUAAGUCUCCAACUAGGAGUAAGAGACUGCUUUCUCUAAAAGAGAGAUCUGCAACUCACUCUCCCGAUGGACAAGAUGAUAAGCUAUCAACUACAAUGAAAGUCACUUUCGACAGCCCUGAAAACCCCGUAAAACCAACUUCUGAAGAGAGAGGAAUCGACCAUUUCACCUCUGUGAAGAAAGUGGCCAAAAUGAGGCAAAGAAUAGACGAGCUGUCCAAAGACUUUCGUCUUAAUUUCAAGCAGUUUAGGGGACUCAUUAAUGCUCAGAAGGAAGAGAAUGCAACAAGGAACUAUUUCCAGCAAACCAAAAUCCGAUCAAAAAUAAAAGCGGAAAUCGUUGCUCACAACCAAACCAUAAAAUUACGAAUGAUGAAUCGAAAAUCCGGACCAAUUGAGAUGAAGCCAAGAAGGAAUCUUGGAAGGACUUGUGGCACGAUACAACUUAAAAGAGCCUCAAAGAUAGCCUCCAAGCUCAAUGCUUCUCAAGAAAUCCCUAAAGGUGAAAGAAAUCAAAGAACUUUUCAGAACCAAAAUGAAUACUGCCAGAAUGAAAUCAAGGUUCAAAAGAAAUUUAAACACAUUCCGGAAUCAACGAUGGGUACCAACCAAGGAAGUACUCUUGCAUCUCUGAAGGAAUCCUCCAAUGAUUAUGCCCAGGAGCUCAGUAUAGACAAAAUCAGAAAGCAGCGUUCAUUCAAUAAGGUUCAGAAAAUGUGCAGAUCUGGCACUCCAAGUCAGAGCAAGGACCCCAGAAAUACCCUAGCAAGGCUUCAAAAUAUGACCUGUACCAAUAUCAGAGGAUAUAAAAGAAUGUUAAACACGACAAAUUUUGACAAGACGCUCAAGAUUAAAACUGCCUCAACUUUCAAGAGCACAAUUCGUAAAAAUGCCAAAAGAAGGAUGAGGUCCAGAGGCAGUAAAGAGUUUUCUAGACUAAUGAAGAACAUCAAGAAUGAGCCUGAUUCCGAGCUAAGAAAACUGAUGCAACGGACUAUCAGCAACAUCAAGCUGAACAGAUCUCAAAAAUCGACGACUAGAGCUAAGAAUUCUCAAAAUUGUAACUUCCUUAAGAAGAUCUGAGUGACAAAAUAUCACGAUAAACUGAACUAAUUAAUCUGAUAAUCUCCUUAA